AUGCGAGGCUGAGGCCGGUUGCCUACCGGCCGCUUCUCGCCGAGGCAGUCCAGACUUUUCCCCCGGCGGUGCCCGCUCCAAGACAGCAUCUGUCAACGCUCCUCUUCUCCCCUCCUCCUCCUGCCGGGCCGGGCUCCGCCGGCUGCGGCCGAGAGGACGCGGGACCCGGCACGGUGAGCCCAUCAGCUGUCAGGCGAGCGGCGAAGCGGCUGGAGGGCGGCGAGAGACACACAAAGAACGCGGUGGGCGGCGGCGGCGAAAGGGGACGGCAACUCCUCCCCGCGCCCGCCGGUGCCACCGCCGGCCGUGCUUGUUCCGAGGCCGCGCAGACAAUGCGGCCGGGCUCGUCCCCGCGAGCCCCAGAGUGUGGAGCGCCCGCGCUCCCCCGACCCCAACUUGACCGUCUCCCGGCUCGCCCAGCCCCCUCCCGGGGUAGGGGCGCCCCCUCCCUCCGGUGGCCGGCGAAGGAAGUCGGUCCACGGCCGCAGAUCCCGGCAACUUGCGAGCCGGGAAAAGUUUGCGGCGCCUCCGCGGGGCGGCGCGACGCGGCCCGCCCCUCGCGUCCGCGGUCAUCGCGGGUGACUUUCUCGACUCGUCGUCAGCCGGGGCCGCUGCGCGGCCGGCGGGGACUGCGGGGCGGGCCGGAGUCCGUCCGAGGGCUCCCGCACCUCGGGCUGCGGAUUUCAGGUACUCCACUGGGCAUUUUCUCUUCAUGGAGCUUAUAGCAACAAAAGUGUUUUACAAAAGAACAUUAAAAUCUCCCCAGAUGCUCACUGCUCUGAUCAUUUCCCCUACAGCAUCAGACAUGUUGGCAUCAUCUCUUAGUUGGGCCCUGUGGCCAGGGAACCUUUCAUGAAACCACCUCUGCAGUCCUGGAGAGUUGCUGUAGAAGAAGGAAAAGAGAAGAAGACAACACAACACAGGAGGGGAUAAGUACCUCUGGACACAAUGGAAGUAGUAGUUGUUGAGCAGAGGGAAAGGGAUAGGAGAAGGAUGUGGACUGCAGUGCGGCAGUGCCAGGUAAUAACUUUGAUCAUGUACCUCCUUGGCUCAGGUGCUGUCUCUUCUACUCUCCUCCUUACUCGUACUACCUUAUUUAGCACUUAAUUAUAUACUUUCUUGACUCACUUUGAGACACACUGAUUAUGUGGUCUGCCUCAAAGACAGAAUCCUAGUUUUGGAUUUUAGCAUUACUGAUCUAUAGCCUUGCAGGGGCUUAAGGAUGGCAGCUGUCUCUCUCCCUUGGGAUCUAGCUUUUGCAAAUAUUGAAGGGAAGAGAUUUCUUUGAUCUUAUAGGAAUAGAUCCACAGUUCAUCUACAGAUUUGCUUUUAUAGAGAAGUGUGUGUCACCAAAACAAUGGAGAUACGGUCAGAGAGGCCCCUACCCCCAGAAUUUUAAUAUAAUUUUACUUUCUGGGGCAUUUAUUCUUGACAAAUACUUUCUCUCCUAUCAGCUCACUUGUUCGUCACAAAAACCCUAUAAGAUAUUAAUAUUAUUAAACAGACCCCUAUGAAGCACCUCAAGUCUUUCUCUCUUCCCACUUCCAUUCUUGCACACCUUUUGCUAGACUAGUCUCUGCGUUCAUCACAUCAGGUUUCUAAAAUAAAAGUCCCCUAAUAACUUUCUAUUUGUUCUCUCAUCAAAUUGAACCUUUUUUGCCUGGCUUAUAAGGUGGCCUUAAAACCCCAUUUUCCUCUAAACAUUGUCUCUGUAGUUCAGGAAUAUGGCAGGCUCAACACUAUGCUUGAGCCCAUAUUGCUUCCCUCAUUAGUGAUGCCUCCUCUCAAACCACCCAGAUUCUACUCAUUCUUCAAUUUCCAGCUUCUCCUUGGAGCCUUCCCAGAUCAUUAGCUUCUUAAAAAUCCCAGCUUUCUCUGAAUUCUGAUGGUAGCCCCCGUUAUUUGGACAAUUAUGUCCUGGUCUUAAAGUCCUAAUGGAAAAAAAAAGUACAUGAUGGACUUCAUGUAGAGAAGAAAGCACUGGACUGAGUUUUAAGACAGCUGCUAAGGAGCUGUGUGAGCCAAACCAGGUUACUUUACCUCUCUGGAUCUAUAUUUGCUGAUCUGUUAAGUGGAGAGGAUUGGGUCAGAUAAUCUUGGUGGUCUUUGCUUAUUCUGAGGUUCUUGGACAACUUGGCCUAAUUCACGUGGGAUGGGAUUGAAGAUCUUACUGAGUUAUUGGAUGGAAAUGUCAGUAAUGGGCACUUAGUGCCUUCAGGACUUGUUCUAUACUAUCCCAGAAAUUUCUGAUGCUAAACUUGGCAAUUUUUAAAUGUCAUAUUCCUUUUCUCCAAACUCUUUAACCACAAGAAUUCAGGGAAGGUUAAUGGGGGGUGACUCAGUUAUCUGGAUAAUACGUAUUGUGGACGAUAUAGCAUUAUCCUUGGGAAUGAUUUCAUAUUGUUGAAUAAAUAGGAUCAACUUCUUGAUAAACCUUAGUCCUAAGCAUUUCAUCUUCAUUGGAUAGUGUUACAUAGUAAUAUAUUUAUGUUUUCUUUUAAUCAUUUCAUAACUUGGAAAAUACUAACGUAGUCAAAACUCUAGGGUAGGUGAUACAUGGGUUUCUGUAGUAAUCUGGUUGGAGACAUGUUGUUAAUUCUGUAUAUAUAUGUACAUUUAUCCCAUGCAUGUUAUGCCUAAACUAAGACGGAUACCCCUGAAUUAAGAGGUGCUGUUAUACAUUGACCAGGCUUAAGAAUAUCUCUUUAAAGUGUGUCGACAUUUAAUUGACCUUUGAAAGUUCAUUCUGUUAAUCAUACUCAAAGUGCUAAAGCUAUGGUUGACUGCUCUGGUGUUUUUAUAUUCAUUCGUGCUUUAGCAUAUAAAUUCUUCAGCAUAAUUGCUACUUAUUUAGCAAGAGUUUCCUUUAUUUGAAAAUGUGAGUUGUGCUUGUAUUUUUGUGUCUUUCUUUCUUUCUUUUUUUAAACUUUGCUUCAGGCUGGGUAGUGGUAGAGGUUUGAAUUAAAAUGUUUUCCUGUCAGUAGUUGUAUGAGGUGUGGCUUCUUAAUCUAGAAGUAAUGGAAAUUUCUUGCUUAAAUGAAGUGCACUUUUCUUCCUGCAGAAGUUAGAACUCUUUUAGACAAGCUUAACACUUCAAAACUGUAUAUCUUUAACAGAAACUUUUGGAAAUUUUUAAAUUCCAUUUGUGUAGAUUAAAAAUAUCAGUGCUAAUACUUCGUAUUAAAUAAGGAUUUAUCUAUUUUCAUAAAACCUCUAAUUAUAUUCCUUGAAUUGCUAUGAGUAGAAUUUUGUUGUAAACACAAUAUUUUUAAAAAGUCAAAUAUAUUUUAAAAAUCUUAACAUUAUAUUACUAUAACUUAGAGAACAGGUGUUUACAUGUUUAAAAUUUUCUAGGCCUUAAAUUUGUGAAAUCAGUCUUUCAGAAGUUAUUUUUAAUAUAGUUAGCUGUGUUACAGGUUUAUAAGUUGGCAUUUCAAUUUAAAAUUUUUUCAGUUUAUAUUUCAAUGACCAGGAAAAAAUAGUUAAACUUAUUCCUAAAUUCUAAUAGAAAAAUAAAAAACCACAUAGUUGUUAAUUUCUGGUAAUUUAUCUUGAGACUCCAGGCAUGUUUUUAGAACAUUUUUACCUUAAAAGCAAUUUUAAAAUAGGGAAAUUAAAGUUUAAAGCAGAGUUUUCACUUUAAUGAGGUAAUUUUAUACUUCCCAGAUAGGUAGGCCCAUAUUCAAGAUCACUCUGAUCUCUGUUUAUAGUAAGUUUUGAUGCCAUUAUAUCAUUUACUUAUUCACGCAUUAUAAGCAUAGUAGAUAGCCCCAUUGUCACGAAGCUGGCAUUAUUUUCUUGUCUGUCAUUCAAUAUUGUCCCCUUUUUUUUUCUGUUUUCAUCAUAGCCGUCCUUUUCAUUUUAUUGUAGCCCUGACUCGAAAUGAAAGUAAGUUUGAACUCUUAAAAAAGAGUUCCUCAAACUCUUUUUUAAGAAUAUACAGUGAAAUGUCUUAAAUAAUAUUAUCUAAAUAAUACCUAAAGAAUGCAAAUGACUUGCAAUGCCGAAUAGUCAGACACAGGAUGUUCCAUGCUAAGGGUAGACUCAUAUUUCCACUUUAUAAAAUGUGGUUUCAGAAAAUAAAUAGAUGUGUUUCUUCCUUAAUAAUUAGUGUUUCAGGACCAAAGUUGACUAAAUAUGGAAGUUUAAGAUAAAGCUCGGUUUCUUAGGGAAUCUUUCUCAGUCCUUAGUAAUUCUGUAGAAUUGAUGAUAGAGUGGCAACUUCAAUACACUCGUAUUCUUUUCUGUUUGAAGUCUGUUUUGCCAUUGGAAAAAACUUAUUGUCGUUUGAAUUUGGGUAUAUGUAUUCACAGAUGGUUUACUUUAUUUUUAUUUUAUUUAAACAAAUACUUUCAUGUCCCAAACACUGAGACAUGUUUCAUGUCCUAAACACUUUAUAAAUAUUAGAAUAUUUAAUCCCCUUAACUCUGUAAUUAUAAUUAUCUUCAUUUUACAAUUGAGAAAACUAAGAUACGACGUUUUAUUUAAUGGUAAGGCCUUAAGUAAGGGGAGAGUGAUAAGUGUAAGCAGAGUGGAAAACUUAGUAGUGCUAAGGAGCAACAGAAGUAUGUGCAAGAGUUUGGGAAGAUGUGUCUGCUUGGAAAGGAUCAGGGACUCAGCUGGGAUCAGUCUUAAAGAGCAACAUGUCCUCAUUCCUCAAUUUUAAGCCUUUGGGCUCUAGAAGUAAAGGGCAAACUUAGAAAGAGGAGGCACUCCUCAGGUUUCAGCUGCCUGUUCCGGCCUGGUGAGGUGGCUGUACUGGCUCAUGUGUUUCUCAUAGGGCUACAUGAGCCUUUAUGUCUUACCUCCUCCUCAUUUCUUGGCUGACUCCUGCUUUUUUGGAGGGUUUAACUUCUCUCUCAGCUAAAGGUUAGGCAUUGCAAAUACCAGUGGAUAAUCUUUUUCUUAGCUUUAACCCCAGCCCAUUUCAACCCCCUCUUUGCCCUUUGUAUAUUCUUUUGAAAAUAUGAUCCAGUAGUGUUUAUGAAUGUGUGUUGUGUAAAAUUUAGAGAUUGAUGUUAAACAACAGAAUUAAAGGACAAAGCUGUCUUUUGUUGGAAUUGGGGAUGGGAGAGCAGCUCAAAGUGGGAAAUAUGGAGAAAGGAGAGACAUUGUGGAAAAGAAGAGAUAUAUUGAGGGGAAAAAAAGAGGGUGAAAAAAUGAAGAGAGAGAAUUACUGAUGUGCUUCACACCCACACCUCCUCUCCAACUUCACAGUAACAGAGGCAAUGUCACUAUCUUUUACCUGACAAGUGCUUUACCAGGGAGUUGUGCCUGGCAUCGUGGGAGUGGAAAAUUUUUCCCUUUUGCAUUUUGAGACUUGGGUGUGCUGCUUUAAGAUGCCACUGGUAUCUAAGUAAUGUUUGUUUAUACUGGAUAUUUUUCUCUGUAGCCUUUGUGGAUUGGACUUAUAAUAUAAACAAUAUUGUUAGCAGAACUGCAGGUACCCUAUUGCUAUGUUUAUUUUAUUAGUUAAAAAACUACCAGAGCCCUAGGACUUCUGAGCACAUUUAGAAAAUACCAGAGGCAAUUUUAAGACUAGCAUUAGAAAGAAAGAAAAAAAUAAGAAUAAAACUAAGACUUGCAUACCUUAGAAUCCUAACCAAUGUGGUGAUUUUUAAAAAUUAAUGUUUCAGAGACUGUAAAUUAGGGUAGUUGGUUUCAUCAAUUACAUUUUUAAAGUUAAUAUAAAGUGCUUUUGUAUGUAAAUUCUCUUAAUAGAUAAUUUAGGUAAAAUGAAAGUGUGGCAUUUUUUGUUCCAUAGAAUGUAAAACUAACGUCAGAAUAAGAAUUCUUUUGGGAAUUUAGGAUUUUUUUGAUGCUUCUCAAAUCAUCUGUAAUGACUUUUAUUUAUAGAAAAGGUAGAUUAUUCAUUAGUUUUUAUGAAAAACACUCAGUUUAAAUAGCCGGGUAUGGUGGCGCAUGGCUGUAGUCCCAGCUACUCAGGAGGCUGGGCACGAGAAUUGCUUGAACCUGUGAGGCAGAGGUUGCAGUGAGCCAAGAUCGUACCACUGCACUCCAGCCUGGUCCAGAGUGAGAUUCCGUCUCGAACAAAACAAAACAAAAAUAUUGAGCUAAUCUAAAUGGUAAAAAUCUAGAUUUGAGGAAAUUUAUUUUAAAAUAGUUGUUCAUUUGUCAAAUAGAAAAGUAUGAUCUUAGCAGGUUUGGUUAGAUCCCUAUCUGAAACAAAGUAAACUAAAGAUGUUUUUCUUGAUCAAUGCAUAGCAAUAACUGCUGUUCAAACAUGUGAGGAAUCACCAGUAAAUUGGGGGAUAGAAAGCAGGAAAAGGAGCUUUUUUCUCUUAUUUUUUUUCAUUUAUCAGUUUUUCCCAUUUGUCCAUCCUUUCCUAUAAUCAUGGAAAUUUUUAUUUUUUACACUCCUCUCCCCAUUUUUUUUAUCCUAGAUUGCCACCACACCAAGGUUUUCUAGAGUUAGGCAGAAAGAGAACCUGGGCCUAGAUGCUAAUGGAAACUAUCCCAUGCUUUCUCAGACUCUCUUUCCUCCCCAGAGACAAGAGGAGCAAAACAGGAGUUGAUGGCUCAUUGCUGUUGCUUCUGUGGCUGCCCUGUUUGGUUGACCUGAGCUUUUUUUAAAAACCUCCACUCUUGACGCUUAACUCUACGAAUAAAAUUAGGGCCAGUCACACUGUAUUUUCAUCAUCAGUUAUCCCUAGUGAUUCAAAUUUAGCACAAACCUGCUGUGAGUACAUAUUAAUUAGGUGAAUACAGUAGAAUGCAAUCAUAACAUGAGUCUUUUAAUAACUAUUCUUUGUUUGAUUUUUAUUUUAGAAGUUUGAAGUUAUUUUGUUGAAAAUCUAGAAAAUCUUUAUGUGAGCAACUGAGGUUCGGGUAGCCCACAACAGUUUAAAUCAAACAUUAACUUGCAGUAAAACACUACUGAAAGUGUCUUUGAUUUUGAGGUGCAGAGAGCUGUUUCAAGUUAAGUUGCUAUAUUAGUCUGUUCUCAUGCUGCUAAUAAAGACAUACCUGCAACCGGGCAAUUUAUUAAAAAAAAAGAGGUUUAAUUGACUGACAGUUCCACAUGGCUGGGGAGGCCUCACUGUCAUGGUGAAAGAGCAAGGGAUGUCUUACAUGGUGGCAGGCAAGAAGUUUGUGCAGAGGAACUCCUGUUUAUAAAACCACCAGAUCUCAUGAGACUUAUUCACUACCAGGAGAACAGGAUGCGGGAAACCACCUCGGUGAUUCAGUUAUCUGCACCUGGCCCCACCCUUGACACAUGUUGAUUAUUAGAAUUCAAGGUGAGAUUUGGGUAGGUACACAGCCAAACCAUAUCAGCUGCCCAUUCUCCUGUGCAGUGACAUAAAGGUCUGAUAACCUGAUUUAAAGCUUGGACUCUAAGAUUUUGUUUUUUCUUUUUUUGAGUCAGGUUAUCUCUGUCGCUCAAGCUGGAGUUCAGUGGCAUGAACAGGGCUCAUUGCAGCCUCAACCUUCCAGGUUCAAGUGAUCCUCUUGUCUCAACCUCCUGAGUAUCUGGGGCUACAGGCAUGUGCCACCGUGCCAGGCUAAUAUUUUUAUUUUUAUUUUUGUAAAGAUGGGGUCUCACUUCUGGGCUCAAGCAAUCUUUCCUCAGCCUCCCAAAGUGCUGGGAUUAUAGGUGCGAGCCACUGCACCCUGCUGUAAAGAAUUUCAUAUCCCUGUUUUCGGUGUGCUGUGUCACUGUUUGCCAUGGGUAAAGGUAUAUGAAUCUCUUUUAUUUUGCUGCUUGCAACCCAAUUCCCAUGCCAAACCCAAUUUGUAUCCAAACAAACAAUAUUGGAGACAAGUUCUUCUAUAGAAAGCUUCAUAAGCCAGUUACUGACUACUGUGUCUGUAAAUAUACUCAAACUAUUUUGUAGUCUUGCUAUUUUAAAAAAUGUGUGGGUGUGGGAAGUGAUGUUGAAUGAAUUCAGGGUAAUUGGUGGUUCUUUGUAUUAGGAAAACUCACUAAGGGAAGUCUGUUUUCAUGAUUCAUGUAUGUUUAACUUAAAAAAAAAAUUCUUCCAUCCUUCUCUCCAGUUUCCACUCUACCUCAUAAAUUCAAGUAAUGAAGGAAUUUAAAUAAUAGAAUUUUAUAACUGAAAGGAUUUUGGAGAGAAUCUAUUAACCCUCCUACUACAGUUGAGGAAAUAGAUGUCCAGUGAGGUCAAAUGAGAUCAUGUAGCUAGUUUAAAAACCCAAAUAACAUUUUAGUAGUUUGUUUCCAUUAGUAAACACUGUUCUGUUUAAUUUGCCCUAACAUGUUCAUAAUCAGAGUCAUAAUAAGGAAAAAUCACUAAUAUGUGUGUGGUACUUUCUUGUGCAUACCUCAGUCACUUCUCAAAAGAGGUCUGUAAGGUGUCGGUAUCCUGGUUUCCAUUCAGGGAGAGAACAGUCUAUGAGCCUAAGAGACCUGUCUGUGCCAGUCACUAUCAAAACAGUCUAAUGCUAUGUGUCUUCCUACCUUGGCAAAAGCAUUGGCUGGUCUCUGGACAGUUCUCAUAGACCACAGGAUUGGGCAGGGGGGAGCCACAUCUUCAUGUUAGGGCUCUAACCUGUACCAGUUAUUAACUGUUGUCUCUAUUUCAUCAUUUCUUAAAGGGGAAAAAAAGCACUUUUUAAAGAGCGUGAGCUUUUAAAUUUUUCAAAAGAAGGAUGCUGGAUCAUUAUAAGUAAGGCAUGUUUUAAAGAUCUUCUUAUCAACAGCUUAAAAAUUAGCCAGUAUAUACUGAACAUCCACUGUAUAAAAAGCACAUUAUGGGGUGCUCCAGUAGGUACAGCAGUGAUCAAGACAGAAUCAUAGCCUUCAGGGAAGAGGUAUAUGCAAUGUUCUCUCCUUCCAAAGAUUACCUAGAUAGAGAACUGUUCAUAAGAAAUAUCUUGGUACUGUCCACAUUACUCGUGAGAUAUAAAAUAUAUAUUAUUUCUUACGUCUGAAAUGAGUCAGUUGUUUCUAAAACAAUUUGUAUUAAAGUAUUCACAUUAAAAAAUUUGUAAAAUACAGAAAAGUAGAGAGAAAAAAUCAUGAAUUUUUAACAUGGUAAUGAUUAUAUCAGUUUCGUUCUUGGCGUUUCUUUAACUUGAUGGGAUAGCUAAUGUUUUUUGUCAUUGCAUAGCUUUGUAAACUUGUCCUAAGGAUUAUAUAAUUUCAGCAUGAGUUAGUUUCUAAGUAUGUCAGAAAUCUAGCUUUUUUGUGGUAAUUGUUGUUUUACACAAAAUGAUUAAUAAAAGACUCUAAACUAACCUUGGCUUUAGAAAUGCUUUUUAAAUUUUAAAAUAGUGAAUGAGUAGCAGAUUACUUUCUAGUAUUUCUUUAAGGUCACCAAAAUCACUUAACUUGCUUAAAAUAUUGAUGGAAAUAUCAACUACGUACAGUUGACCUAAAUUAGAAAUGGGUGUUUUUUAAAUAGUGAAAUUUAUAAAUAUAAUAUGUAUAUUUUAAAAUACAGUUUAUAUUAUAGAGUUAUGUUCCUCUGUAAUAAUUUCUCUUUACACUGAAUCAUGUUCAGUUUUUAUUAUGCAGAUAAUUUAAUCUUACAGCUUUGAUCUUUUUAAAAAAAUAAAACAGCCAUUUGGAGUCUAAAUUCAGCCAUGUGAUUAUUAUAAUGAAAUUCAUCUUAAAUCUACCUAAUGUCCCUUUAGAAAUAAGACCUAUUUCAAUAGAAGGGCGUUUCUUGGUUAGGGUUGCUCUUCCCGAGAGGAGUCUCCUGGAGCAGGAGCCCCUGGGGAGGAGUGAACUGAGCCAGCAGGUGGUCUAAGGGAGGUGCCAGGGAACUGCUGACAGUGACUUGCCUGAAGGAAGGGAGGGAGCAGGAUGGGAGUGGGGUGGAAAGUCCCUUAUUAGCCUGGAGGCUGGGAUGCCCUGACCCUCUGGAAUCCCCCUCCCUUGUAAGAAUGCCAGCCAAAGUAGGAAGGAGGAGCUCCAGCCAGAUGGGGGUCCCAGUGCAGGAGGAAGAAAGUAGGGUGACCACAACCAAAAAAGCUGUCUGACAGGCUUUGAGAUCUCUUGUCUGAGGAACUCCGGCAUAGACAGUAAGUCAGUAUUCACUUAGAGGAGAGUUUGGCAAGUGAAUAUAUAUGAUGAAUGAAUGAGUAACUGAAUGAACUGCUUUAUCACCAAAGGAUCUGGAUAUUUGUUUCUACUCUCAAACAUUUUUUCAUUUGUUAACUUUUUAUGCCCAAUUUUAAAAGAAAAUGCAAUUUUCAUUGAACUAUGAUUGACUACUUCAUAUUUAUUGAAACCCACACCCUCCAGUACUCCACAAAUGAUUCAGAAAAGCUUACAAUAAAAAAAAUCAGAAUAGAAAAGUGAGUAACGGAUGUGAUUUCAAUUCUCCAAGCCUGUUGUCCUUAUCUGUGAUAGUAAUGAUUAUAGAUGCCUUAUCUUGCUGUGGCAGGGAUGAAAUGAGAUCAUGUGUAGGCAUUAUUUGUCAUACAACAAAUACAUAGUUGAGGUUGUAUUAAAAUUAAGGCUUUAAACUUGAGUACAUACACUUUUGCUUAAUUCUCAAUUUAUUUUUCAUUACCAUUUUAUCGGAGAAUGAUAUUUAAGCGAUACUCAUUUCUAGAGUAGAAGAGAUUUUAUUCCUUAUAACUGUAAACUCUAUACUAUCCAAGAUAAUACUCUUCUUCCUAGAAUUUGAAUUCAUUAACAAUCUUUCACAUUUUCACAAUCCAUGGGAAAUCACUCCCAGUAAAUGCUUACAGCAUUCGUCCACUUUCAUGAGGCAAGGAGUAGGUAGGCCUGUAUUUGUAUUAAUUACAAAGAAAUUCAAGGGAAGGUUCAUCAUUAUCAUCGUUAGCAAGAAAUAUAAUGAAUUAGAAGCCCUUGAAUUGGACUAAAAGAGUGUGGAGUAUGUGUAAAAGAAUGAAUCAGGGAAGGUAAAGAUUAAUUUUAAAGGGCAGAAUUUUGUUUGUACAUUUAGGUCACUUCAAUUUCAGAUCAGUUCUAUGUAUGCUUUCUAGAAAAGAUAUCAAAGACCACCUAGAUUUCUUGCCUUUAGGUGUGUUUUACCAAAGGAACAAGACAGAGGAUGAAUGCCAAAACUAUUAAUGCAGCUACCCUGGACACUAAGCCCCCAAAGAGAUGGAAGAUUGGAGGAUGUAGAGCCUGGGCACUGGGUCCAGUGCUGACAUGGAACGCGUUCAUUCUUAGAGUUUCACUGCAAACACUCCAAGGAUAGAGAGCGAGAAGGUUAUGUGGACAUGAGAGGAGAAGGGUGGAAGAGGAUUGAAUGGUUCAGGGUAGCUAAAAAAAAUUUUUACACUUUAUCUCGGGCUGCUCCUAAACCCUCCACCAGAAAGAAUUAAUCCUGCAAGCACUUAAAACAAAACUGAUGUGAGGAAGGUAAUAAAACCUGUCCAGGGUACAGACAUCCAGAUUUGCAGUUUAGGGUGGGAAGACUUUAGAGACCUUGUCUAACAGGGCUAAAGAGUAUCCUUAUGGUUUUAAAGUAGGUACAUUGUUUUUUGUAAGCAUUUCUAGGGUUAUAUAAGACAAAUCAGAGUCUGAUGUAUUGAACACAAUUGGAUCUUAUUCUGCCAUAUUUGUUUUUAAUUCACGAUUUUUAAAUGGAUUUACUGGUCAUAUUUCUCAGGUCAUGGCAAGAUUUUUUAGUCUUAAACUUAUUUAGCUCAGUCCUUCUAGAUCAAUGGUUCUCUGCCCUGAAGGUGUAGCAAAAUUGUUUGAUAGCUUUUGCAAAAUUUACAUAACCAGCAGCCUCCCCAUCAGCUGAAUAAGAAUUGCAAUGUGGAUGUGGCAGAGGCAAUCCAGGUAUGUGGGGUUAGAAGAAGCUGUCCUGGUCAUUCUGUUGCCACCCUCUCACUUGGAGAAUUGCUGAUCCAAUGAAUUCCUUAACAUAACUUUGAAAACACAGCCUUUUGCUCAGAACUUCAUGAAUAAACAUCAAACGUUCACUAAACAAAAUAAUUAAAGACCAUAAGAUCUUAGUUAUAAGAGUUCAUAAAUGGAAAAGCACUUUAUUGCCUUUAUGUAUGUGGGCUCCUCUUUUAGCAAGAUAUGUGCUAGGUGAAAUCUAUGUGAAAGCUAAAGCAGAUUUAUUCCAGUCAGAUGCCAGACAAUUUUGCCAGUUUAACUGAGACUCACUAUUACUUAAACUACAUGCUUGUUUUUUUGGUUCCUGAGUAGUAUAGAUCCCACUUGGAUCAGCAAUUCUCCAAGUGAGAGGGUGGCAAUAGAAUUAUUUAAGCAAUUAUUUGUUAUUUGAGGUUGUUUGCUUAGUAUUUACUUGUCACUGUUUUACAUGUUACUUAAUAAUUUACAGUUAUUUAAAAGUGGUAAGAUUCCAAGGCAAGUAGGGGACCUGUCACUUUGAGAAAAAUUUAUGGUAGUAAAAAUAUUUUCUUUUUGUAAAAAGUCACUGAUAUACAAUGUCCCCCCAGGGUGUAAGCCUUGGUAUUUAUCUAUUUUAAUUAAAGAGUACUCUGCCUGUGUAGUCGUGGCUAACUUAAAAGAAGUGGGUAUCUUGGUGAGAAGUUCACAAGGUUGGUAGCCAUAGCUGAGUUUGGUGGAUUGACUCAAGCUCUAGUCGGCAGUGGUAUAUGAAUGCCAAGUACUAAGAAUUUCUGGAAUGUAGAAUUGCACAGCACUGAUAAAGUUUGCUUUGUUCCCCUAUGUGACUUGACCCAUUGAGAAAACUGGUUCCCUAGGAAGUUUUAAUAGUUCAAAGUCCUUAGUUAAUAAAGAAAAAGGCCACAACAUAAUUCAGCUUGUUUUCACCUGCUGACUCAAAGAUUAACUUUUUUAACCUUAAUGGGAUAGAGUUACCCUUUGCUUUGAGAAAGUAAUUUAUGGAGUUCUUCAUAUUUGUUAGUUUCAGUAAACAUGAUGCUUUUUGUGUGGAUUUUAUUUUUGUUUCGGGUUUGAGAUCACAAACUACUAAGACUUACGCAAUUUAAGAACCUUACGGUAACUUCAUCUAAAAACAAAUCUCAGGGAAAGGCACACCCACUUUUCUGUAUCAACCUAAUCUUUCACUAGAUUCAGAAUGGUUUUGAAUUACUUCAGGAAAGUAGUGACUGAUAGAGCUUAACCUUCAGUUUUCCUCAUUUAUUUUCAUAAGAGAAUGGGAGUGGAAUUCAAAACAUUCAAAUUUGGAGUUAAUGUGCGUCACUGUUGUGAGUGAUAGGUUCUGUGUUUUUCCAGUGGGAAACUUUGAUCCACAUACUGAUAUAUGCCUGUGUUAUACCUCGUUAUCCUUUUCUGUUUUUCUCCUGAUUGUUGCUUACUCUUUCAAAAAUCAGCUGACUGUACAAGUCCUCUCUGGGAGCAGACUUUAGAGCAAAAGUGAUCUAUAAAAGCAGCAUGUAAGUCUUUUUUUUUUUUUGUCAGAGUUUAUAACUUUCCAAGUAGACCUUUUAUAUUUUCACGGUAGUCUAAGUUCACUUAACUGCAGUAUUUGAUGUUAAAUGUACGCUUUAUGCUGUUAAGAUAAUUUAGUUUCUGUGUUUGGUCACUUUUGCUUAAAGGAUUGUAAUUACAUAAUGCAUGUUGAAAUCAUAUUAAGUAACCUGGCCACUUGCCUAUUUACUUCUUGUGGCUAACAAUAAUGAAUGAAACCAUUUAUAUAUGUUGUCUUAGUAUAUCACAAAAUUUUAUAGAAACUAGAAGCUCGGUGAUGAAUAAUAGACAUCCAUGAGCCUUCUUAUUUGUUUUGAAUUUGAGACAUUUUCUAGAAGAUUGCUGUUUGAAUGAGGCUUCAAUACUUUACAGAAUCGUUGCCUGCACAUCUUGGAAACACUUGCUGGGAUUACUUCUUCAGGUUAACCCAACAGAAGGCUAAAGAAGGUAUAUUGCUGUUGACAGUGAGCGACUGUAAACAUCCUCGACUGGAAGCUGUGAAGCCACAGAUGGGCUUUCAGUCGGAUGUUUGCAGCUGCCUACUGCCUCGGACUUCAAGGGGCUACUUUAGGAGCAAUUAUCUUGUUUACUAAAACUGAAUACCUUGCUAUCUCUUUGAUACAUUUUUACAAAGCUGAAUUAAAAUGGUAUAAAUUAAAUCACUUUAAAACCAUGUCUGUACAUUUUUAGAGGGCUUCAGCGGGGCAUUGAGGAGGUGCUCUGUGUAUGCAUAGAAUUUGCAAUAUCAAAAAGAAAGUAUUCGUAAGAGAAAUGAGGAGAUGUGUUACAGUAUUUUUAUUAUUUUUUAAAAGCGUAGUAGGGAAAUAUUUCCCAGAAAAAUCUAUGAAGUGAUUUGUUUUGUCCUGCCCUUUCUGCAGUUUCAAAAUAGGUGUUUUUUAGACCCAUUCACAAAAAAAAAUCCAUUAAUGAAACCACAAUUAUUUGGGGGAAAAAAGUAAGGUGAAGGGUUAGUUAUUUUCACAUUACUUGGAUUAAACCCCUUUUAUUUCCUUAUGGGCUUAGUGUUUAAGUAAUAAAGUAGCAGCUCUCAGCUUAAUAAAGUGUCUAAAACAAACAAAUACUGAUUCAACUAACUCUAUUAUUUGAAAAACCUAUUCUUGUUUCAGAUGAUUAGAAUAGUAUUUUAGGAAUUUGUGGAUACUGUUUCCAUUUGGUUGAACUUUUAACUUAGCUUUAUGCAAUAACUCAUAUCUCUUAAAAAUAAUAAAUACAUCAAAUUCUAUCCUAAAUAUAUGAAGACAAUUUUAAGAUUCAGAAUCCUGUAGAAGAUUUCUGUGAUGGACAUAAUUUCUAAUUUUCCUUUUUUGUAAAUGCGUAUUUUUCUUAUGGCGGAUAUUUUUAAUAUUAUACACUUAAAUAGAAAUAUUUAAGUGUAUAAGAGAAAUAUUUAAGUGUAUAAUAGAAAUAUUAAGGAUACACAUAUAGAAACUAGACACUUUAAAAAGAUAUGAAAGUGAUAUCUUUUGUCCUCUAAAACACAGUAUUUUAUAAAUAUAUAGUGUUUCCAUUAAUGUAAAAGAGUUUCUUUUCCCUGUUUAAUACCCAUUGAUGAUGAUGAUAAAGAAGUGAUACUAAAACAGUAUGAUCAUACUACUAUUUAAAAUAGUAGCAUUUAUUCUAAUACCUGGGAUGGAGAGAAAUAUGUGUUAGAAAUGUCUUUAAGUUUCCCUCAUACAUAAAGCUAUCAAGUGAAAAAACUCUGUUAGUCAUGCUGGGCCAUGAGAGGUUCAUCAACUGCCACUGAAAUGCAAGGGGCUUGGAGAGGCCUCUGCCAGGCCCUGGGUCUGGAACUGAGAAUGUGGUCUAUUUUAAUUGGUAAGCUGAAAACACCUGGAGCAAAUAACUCGGCUGUUUUUCUGGGGUCACCCGACCGUAUUUCCUAGGUAAAUGACUAUAGGUUUGAAGAAAUGGUUAAACUUUUCCUAAAUCUUUGACCUUCACUUUCUUUAGGUUCUCUUCCUAUGUUAUUUUAUAUCCUCUUCCUUACCUUACUGCCCCUAAAUUUUCCAUUUUUCAUUUUUAUCUGUUCAUUUUGUUCAUGUAAAUAAUUAGUUAUGGGAACUUUUUAAUUUGUAAAAAUUACAGCAUUUUUAAUUAUUUUUAAAUCAACAAAUACAAACCUCCAUAAGCCAUUCUGUGUAGUUUUGAAAUUAAUACCUAGUAUUUCUUAUGUCUUGUGCCCCAUAUUUCCACAGUAAUAAUGUAAACUACUAUUUUAAAGUAACAUCAACAGUCCAGCCACGGUGGCUUACGCCUGUAAUCCCAGCACUUUGGGAGGCUGAGGCAGGUGGAUCACUUGAGGUCAGGAGUUUGAGAUCAACCUGAACAACAUGGUGAAACCCUGUCUCCAUUAAAAAUACAAAAAUUAGCUGGGUGUGGUGGCACGUGCCUGUAAUCCCAGCUACUCAGGUGGCUGAGAAUUGCUUGAACCUGAGAGGGAGAGGUUGUGGUGAGCCAAAAUGGUGCCACUGAACUCCAGCCUGGGCGACAGAGCGAGCCUACCAUCUCAAAAAAUAUAUAUAUCUAUAUAUAGAGAUAUAUAUAUAUAUAAAUAAAUAACAUCAACAGUGUGUUAUUCAUAAUUGAAAUAAGAUCUGGAUGCAAUUUUUUAUUUUACAAAAAAAAAACUUCUAAAGUUUACAGUAUUAUGUUUCUACCACUACGUGGACAGAGUUACCAUGCAUGUGCUUAGGUAAGAUAAACUAAUAUUUAACAUAAAUUAGAAACCCUUACUAAUUGCUUUCAUGUGUUUUUUUCUUACUAUAAUUUUUAAAAUUUCACAUAUCAGCAUAAUAAAAUAUCUAUAAACUAAAACAUAAAAUUCUUAAAAUGGACUGUAGUAAGUCAGUUACUGAAAAUAAAACACUGUCAAAAUGUGUUAGUUAAAUGUAAUGUGAGUGUUGCUAUAAAGUUAGUAAUGUUUAAAAAAUAGCGCCACACUGAGUAAUCAUCAAAAGUAUUAUACAUUUAGUUUUUAUUCAUGAUUUGCCAAAAUAAAAAUUGGCACAUGCUUGAAAGGGAGAUUUCUAAAGGAAGUUAAGAGCUUCUGAAAGUGUCAGUGGUGAAUCAUUUAAGUGAUACUUAUUUUUCCUGACCUUAAAACUCUGAUUUGAACUUGCACUCCAUUUUACAAUGAUGUUGACUAUAAAUAUUACACAUGUAUGAAGCCUUUCCUCUACUACAGAAUAACUAAAACCAGGCCGGAGGACUGUGGAGACAAGGGAAAUGCAUUUGAAGGCCGUCUGCAUGGGAAUUAGUUACCUAGACCUGAGAAACCCCUUUCUAUUUAGAUUCCUCUCAGAAUUGCUCUGUUUUCUUUUACUAAAAUUUUAGCUAAACAUUACCAUUCAAGGGGAAAACAAUCUUUCCUGAGUGGUAUCAAUUUUUGGUAGCUUAAUAACAUUAAUUCAAAAUUGCCCGUUAUUUUUCUGUAUCAGAAGAGUAACAGGAAGUUAAUUGUUUAUCUUAAUUUUGGAAGCACCUUACUGAAAUUUUAAAGGUGGUGCUUAGUGAACUGUCUUAAUAAUCUCACUAAAAUAAUACAGAAGACUUUCUUCAUGUGGUUCUAUAUCAUAAAAAGUAUUCUGUAUAGAUAUGGAAGAUAAAUUUUCUAGUGCGUACUGUAGUUGUUUUUGUGCACUGCCAAACAAAUACAUAAUGAAGCUGUUAAAUCAUUUGAGAUUGAGGGUUUUUAUGAUUAUUAUUUUUCCUCCUCAUUUUUACACACUCCUAAUGGCCAGUAAGUAAAAUGCAAAAAAGUAUCCUCUGAUUAUGUUUAUUAUUAGAAAUAAUAGUCAGUGAAUUAAAUAUUCUUUAAUAGACUUCUAUUGUAAUGCGCGGAGAAGUGUCUCGCUAAUGUACACUUCUAAAAUCUCAAUAUGAAUGUGAUGGGCAAGUUAAUGUUGCCAAGCAAGUGAUGCUAAAUCUGCCUUUCCUAAUUUGUAUACCUCAUUAUUAUAUAACCUUAAUAAUGCAGUACUUUCAGGGUAGAGGCUUUUUGAUGCAAAUUAAAACAAAGUAGGUUGGGGAUUCAUUUAGCACAAACACUAAAUGUGAACUUACUGUCCCCACAGACUUCAGUGCCCUGAAUGGUUAGAGAAAUUAAUGAAGGAGCUCCAUCGGGUGCCUUUACAACUCUUAGUAAUGUGAGAAUCUUUCCACAGCUCUCAUUUCAAAAAUGAUAACAUGAGAUUUCAGGAUGUGAAGUAACAUAUCAGCAAGUGUGUUAGAAAAUAUAAAAUAUUUUACAGUAUGAUAACAUAUCAUCAGCUUGUUAUUCUUAAUGUGUUUCCUUGUAGGGCCUGACUACUAUUUCUGAAUUUUGGAAUUUGGUAUUUUUUAGUAAACGUUUGAAAAGAUGAAAUGCUUAUACCAAUAGCCUGUCAGUGAAGGAAAAUUUAUGUAAAAGCUAAAGAAAUGCAGUUAAAUAUAUAAAUAAAUAUCUUCAUGCCAUAAAACAGUAGCAUUUGCAGUCAUAAUUCCCACAGUCAGUAACAAUAUAUUUAUUUUCAAGAUGUGUGAUGUUAAUGCAAUAAAAACAUUGUUGCCCUAUUUGAAUGCAGAUUUAUUUGCACUGAGUAUAACCCUGCAGAAAUGAGUCAGAGAAUUGGUAAAAUUUGCAAAUCCAGACAUUCAACUUUGAGUGUUCAUGUUUUGUGCAUAAUAGAUCUAAGCGCAUAUCAAAGAAGUGAUUUUGCUAAAUUUAUUACUCUUUAAUCAUGUUAGAUUAAAAUUAUCUUUAGAAUUACAAUCUUUAAACUGUGUAAUGCCCACCUAGAAAAUUUAAUUUUCAAACGUUUGUUCUUUUUUAUGUGCUUUCAAUGGUUUUCUUGGCCAUAUCAGCUAUCUAGUUGUCUUUCUGCAAUUCUCAUUCUACUCUUAUACCCCAGUGAAUCUAUGUUUGGCUUAAAAUAAAUUUAGAUGGUCAGAUACUGAGUAAGAAAUUAGGAAAUCCACGCACUGUUAAUUCAUAAAAACAAUAAUGUUCAUUGAAAUAAUUAACCUUUCUGCACUUUAGUUUCUAGUUUGAUUUUAUUGAUUUCUUAUAAUUUGACCUAAAAUCUCUGUGUAAUAAAAAAUAAAUCAUCAUGAGUUAUUAGAAAUUCUAAAAUUUUAAGACUAAUUAAAAAGUAAAAUUCAGUUUAUGAAAAUGCAAUUUACUGAGAGGUAAUUUCUCUGUUCUUUUUGUAUAGAAUAGAAUCUAUUCAGGUUGUUGGUACACAUGUAAUUCUUAUUGACUAUGUGUGAUAUGCUAAUAGCUAAUUACAACUACUUUCAUUCAGUUUACCACCUGAGACAACAGUAAGACUAGUGCUGGAGAAGUUAGGGUUAAGUUUAGAGUUAGAAAACAAGCUCUCAAGGACUUGUAAGAGCAGUCCCAUCCCCUGAAUCUCAGGAUAUGGCAGCUCACUUUGACUGAAGGAAAUUUUAAAGUCCUAGGGUGACUAACACUUUUCUAGCACUGUUGAUUUUCUAGAUUAGACAAGAAUAAGAGAAUACCAAUGAAGGCAGGAUGAUUUUUUUCUUUAUUCUGUUUUAUUUAUUUAUUUAUUUAUUUUUUUGAGACAGAGUCUCACUCUGUUGCCCAGGCUGGAGUAUAGUGGCACAAUCCCAGAUCACUGCAAGCUCCGCCUCCCAGGUUCAAGCAAUUCUCAGGAGGCCUCAGUCUCCUGAGUAGCUGGGACUACAGGCAUGCGCCACCACACCUGGCUAAUUUUUGUAUUUCUAGUAGAGACGAGGUUUCACUAUGUUGGCCAGGCUGGUCUCGAACUCCUGACUUCGUGAUCCGCCCACCUUGGCCUCCCAAAGUGCUGGCAUUACAGGUAUGAGCCACUGCGCCCGGCCGAUUUUUCUUUCUUUCUUAUGAAGAAUGAUUAAUCUGUAUCUUAGUUUAAUAUAUUACUUUAGGGCUAAUGUGUGUAAGUCCUAUACUGCCCCUCUUGCAGAGCUUAUUCUAAAGAGGUCUUUGUAAUCUGAUGUAUGCCCCACCUACUGCUGUCCCCCCACACUGACCACGGACUUUCAAUUGUUCAGACAACCUUGUUCUGUUCCUUCGUAUCUCAAAAUCUUUGCCUCAUCUCUUCCCUCUGCAUAGAUUGAGUGCUCUUAUUUUAUUCACCUCUACCCCCAAACACAUAUACCCAUACAUACACAUACACAUACAUGCACAUUAAUACUUUAGGUCUCAAUCCAAUUUUCAUUUCCUCAGGGGAAUAAUUCCCUCAUUCCCUUGUCUUCAUCCUAUGGGCUCCUUCUUUGUCCUGAGACAGAAGUCAUGAGGAGGAGCCAACCAUGUGCAAUUUUGGGGAAAAAACAUUCAUGCAGAGGCAACAGCAAGUGCAGAUGACCAGAGGUAUCAGAUCAAGUAAAAGUUAUGAAGUAUUUUGGUACAAAAUCAGCAAAACAGAGUCAGAGGUAAGCAAAGGCCAGGUAUUGUAAAGCCUUGUAGGUCAUAGUGACGUUUGAAAUUUACUAGUAGGCAUUAGACUAGUAUUUGUUAUUAUGAAAUGUUCUUUAAAUUUUGAAUUUAGUUUAGUUAAAUAAUAGUACCUCUAUCAUUGUGACUGACCCUACCAGAAUGUUAGUAACAUUUAAAAAAUAAAAAGGUCUCCAGCCUGGGCAACAGAGUGAGACCCUCUCUCAAAAUAAAUAAAUAAGCAAAUAAAAGGGUGAACAACAGCUUACUUAAUAAAUAUUGAAUGCCUGUUUGUAUAAAGAAUGGUGUUAGCUGCUGAAAGAUGCAAAGUUGAAAAAACCUUGAUCCCUGUGGUUACACGUAAGAGUGCAAAUAUGAUGGUGUGUGGACCAGAGCCCCAACAUUACCUGAAGUCAGCUACCCCUCUCUGAAAAAGUUCCACAGGAAAUAGAUGCUAAGGAGAGGAAAACAAAACAGAAUAACAUCUUAUUACUAAGUAGGACAUCUGCUCCAAGCCCACUGUAGAAUGCUAAUGAGCCACACUGGAAUUAUUUAUUUCACACUCCAGUAACCUAGAGCCCUAUAUUGGACAGUUCUUUUUAUGACAUAUGUUGAAGAAGAAAGAUUAUCUGAGAAGAUGGAAGAGAAGCAAAAGUUGGGACCUGUUCCAGAACACACCUUCCUCCUUGCUUUUGGGAGGAAGAACGUCCCCAUGGAAGUCUGUGCAAAUGGCGUAACGACCAUGCCUACAUGUCCUUGAACCUUCAGCUCAGUGCACUGGCCAAGAAAAUGUCUGUAAACCUAACCCAUCAUAGCAGGACUCCUCAGUGUGUGUAUUUGGGAUGCGGGUGGAGAGUGGAGAAGGGGUAGGAAGAGGGAGGAGGGCAAGGAAGGGUACUAAUAUGCACCUUACUCCCUCUGGAUGCCAGUACUUCAGGCAACUUUUCUUGAGGUGGGGUAGAAGAUGUAUGUGUGAAAUCAGUAGUAAUGGUGUAUGAUGUCCUAAGUAGUGCUAGUAAUAAUGAAACUCUGAAUGGCAUUUUUUGAGUGUACGCUAUCUGCCAGGAACUGUUCUAGGUGCUUUACUUGUGUUAGUCAGAAUUGAAUCCUCACAAUAGCUCUGUGAGGUAGAUGCCUUCGUAACUUUACAUGUACGGAAACUGAGGCAUAGAAAAGCCAAAUGACUUGCUCAAGGUUACUCAGUAAGUGGCAGAGAAUCUAAAGUAAAGAAUAAGGUGCUGAAGAUCACAAAAGAAAGAACACUAAGCUAGAAAAGUUGUGGAAGGCAUUUGAGCUAUACUUUCCUCAGGUUGAAAACAUGAAGAUAUACAAAGUAUGUUUGGAUAGAAAUGUUUGAGUGCAAGGAGGGUGUGUGCCAUAGAGAUUGCCUGUGCUGGCUAGAUUGCUGCCUGAUUGGCCCCGCAGCAGGUAGCAGCAAGCCUGGAAGCAAUACAGUCAGAAACUGCUGAGAGAUUGUGGAGGUUUUGAAAAUGUUGUAUAAAAAUAUCCCUGUAAGCUUAUGGCAAGCUACACUUUUAAAUAGCGUUGAAUUAUAGGUUAAAGUUAUUAUGCAGACAUGUUUUGCUUCCCUUGAAAGCUGGAAAGCAAGGGACAGCUCUCACUGCAUCUGUAAAUAGGCUGCUGUCUGUUUUUCUUUCUUUUUGUGGUUGUAAAGAAUCAUUCAUGCCAGCGUAAUGAGCUUCAGCAGCUGUUAAAUGAAAUUAUAUAUUCUGUUCAACUAGGGCCUUCUAAUGCUGCCAUUGUCUCCUGGCCAUCCUGGUGUCUUCUCUAGUACUGAGAUACUUCUAAAUCACAAUGGCCUGAGUUGUUGUUAGUCCAGGAGAUUCUGAGGUUUGGAUCAGACUGGGCCUGCAGAGUGAGAAGCUAUUUUGGCAAAGAUAGCCAUAAAGGGAUGUUAUUUUUCUGUAUCACAGCUGCCCUCGUCAGCAAGGACUAUGAGGAAUGCUAGAGGUAAACUAUUCACAAUUUUCUAAAAAGGUUUUUUAAAACAAAAUUAUUAUUUAUCAAGUUAUAUACAGCAUGAUGUUUUGUCUUCCAAGUAGAGAACUUAACCAAAUUCAUAGACAGUUAAGGCUGAGGGUGUUAAAUGAGACUUGGCACUUCUCUUCCUUCGUGAUGUUUCUUCGUUCCACACCUGUCAUUCUUGGAGCUUUGUGGUCAGCUCUUGUAGUAUAAGUUUGAAGAUUUUUAAAUCUCAAUCUAUUAUUGCUCUAAAUUCAGACCUGAACAUUGAGUCUUUUAAAACUAUUUCUCUGAGUUGAUUGUUUUCCUCUAGUGCACUCUAAAAAAUGUCAGCUCCCCAUGCACCACCAAGAAAUCACUCCGCAUUCUGGUGCCCCCAGGCCCCACUCUGGGUCUCUGGUGUGCAGGAGGCUGACCUCUCCUGGGCUAUGCUCUGUGGGUUCUGCCCCUUUCGGUGGUGGUGGGUGGGGUUAUAUCAAGGCACUUUUUGGUGGAAAGGAAGUAAUCCUGUUUGGGACUAACUGCACAAGUUUCAUUGCCUUGGAGUUAUGAAACUCUGUGCUUUUUUAUGGACAGAAUUCCCCUCUUUCCAAACACUUAAUUCUCUCUCCUCCUCCAUUGAAAGAAGGUUUAGAUUUUUCCACAAACAUUUCUGCCAUAUAUUUAUGAAAGGAAAACAAAAUAUUUGCUAGGCAUUAUUUGAAUAUGUACCAGUUAAAAAAAGAGGUCUGUGGCUUUUGGGUUACCAAACAUAACUACUAAAAGGCAAAUCCUGGUGAAGUGUUAAUUUAGCCAAUUAAAUUAUAUUUAAGAGUCUAAACAUAAGGGAACCAGAGAAUAAGCACAGGAAACAUAUUUGUAUGAGUAGAUGUGUACAGAUAUAAAUUCAGUUUUAUAUAUUUUCUAUUUCUUUACAUCCCUGAUUUCUAUAUGGACCUUCUAUAGAUGGCUAGUUUGUUAUUUAUAAAUUUGAGCUGUUUGCACAGUAGAUAUUACUUUAAUUGUGUUAUUCUAAUUAUCUAUUUAUCUAUAUAUCUAAUUAUACAUCUAUCUGCUUUUAAAACUAUAGCAAUAUAUGCAUGCUUUUAUAAUCUCUUCACUUUUAUAUCUGACUUUUGAAGAGGAAGUUAAUUUUGAUGAACAGUGAUGAGGAAAAUAUCCUUAAAGACUAAAACACUGCAAUAAAAAGAGAAAACCAUGAGAGGUUUCCAUGUCUUGGUCUCUGUUUAUAUUACUAAGGAGAUGUUAAAAAUAUCAUUUGGAGACUAUCUUAUAUUCUGUAACUAGAGCAUAACUAUCUGCUGACACAUAGGCCACUUCCGAAAUAUUGCUUAAUAACACAUUUUCAAAUACCCUGGUGCCAUCUCAGGCAAAUUAAUCUCUGAACUAACAAGAGUCUUUUCUGUGCUGCACAGAUCUUCUCAGAGAUAUGUAAUAAAUGGUAUGUAUUCAAGGACUGCUGCAGUAAUAGUAUUUAUGUAGCUUGGCUAGAAACAUUUGCUCUCUUAACAGUGGGCAUUUAAGAUGAAGACUGUCCCUGGCAUUGUGCAGCACAGUAGGAACAUUGGCCUGCUGACUAAACAAAUAUGAUUGCCAAAGUGAAUUAUUAAAUUCCAACUGGCCUCACUUGCUAGAGAAUUUCACUCCUUUUUCUCCCACACAGCUUCCUACUUUUUAUUAAAGGAACAGUUUUCAGCUCUUGCAAAUAAUUGCAGUAUUUUGCUAGUCAUUACUACAGCAGUUUCCCACUGUUUAUAUUUUAAAACUAGCACUUGGAUGAGUCCCGUUGAAGCAGAACAAAUAACUGUGUGUGCAUCUGUGUAAAUAUUUAUCGAAAUUUGCUUUAUUAAAAGUCCCAGUGAACUUUUGUUCUAACUGCUAUACCUUGUGUCACUUCUGACACAGUCACAUCAUCAAGCUACUGUUACUUUACAAAACAUGGGUGACUUCAUUUCAGUAUUUCCUUCAGAGGACUUAUUUGGGAGACUCCCUUCCAAUAGAGGAAGUGGGUUGAUGAGUGCUGGUGUUCUCAUUCCAGAUCCUUCACAUCUCUGGAAAGCUGCAUCCUUUGUAGAAAAUAGAUCUGUAUGUGUGCCAAAGUAUAACCCUGAUGUUCAUCAGGGCAGUGGGAGGAGGUCAUAUAUUCCUUGUCUGUUUGAGCAGUGAUCCUCCCAUUUGGCAGGAGUUUGAGAGGAAGUAUUUAACAAUGGGAUUUUAUAAAAUUUAAUGUAGUAAAGACUGUUUUUAUAUUUGAAUGGAUCUAAGGAAGUUUUCUUUUUCUCCCUCCGAUAAGUGGGGGGUGUUUAAGGGUAAUGGUGUCUACGAAUUUAUUGGGAGGAUUUGGCUGUUUUAUUGGACCUUGUGGAAUAAUUUGCUUUCAUUUUAUCAUUUCCAUGAAAGGUAGUCCUCAGAAGAAAAAAAUGUGGUCUCUUAACUUCAUACCAAUCUUAAAUGUUUUGCUUAAGGGGAAUUAGUGAGGAAAUAACAGUCUCAGAAAGGUUGAAAACUGUGAUUUUACUCAACAAAUAUUGCUCUUUUAAUCUCUCCAGCCAUGCCAGAAACUAUGAAGUUAUUUUCUUUCACACAUGCACUGUAAGACCUGGUAUUUUAAAAAGCUUUAAAUAUAAGUAGCUUUAUCUUGAAAAUAAAAAUUGUACAUAGUAGGGGAAAAGAUGUUCUUAUCAUCAUCCCUUGCUUCCAGCCACAUGAUGUCUCCAGUGGAGCUGCUGACGACACAAAUUUCCCUAAGUCUAGCACACCCAGAUAGUGUCAAAUGGUUUGUUAGCAGUUACUGCAGAAAGUUAGAGACAUCUGAGGAACAAAGGUAAAUCCCUUUUCUCCAAGAACUACUAGGUUUAUAGGUCUAGAAUGAAAGAAAGGUUUAGGUCUUCAUUAGCCAGUGACCCAGGCCAUCAUAACACAGAGCAAAAGUUACCUCUCUGUGUUUGAAGUGUUUGAGUGUCUGCUGGGAAACAUAAGAAGGAAAAAAUAAUACCACCAGUGUACUUUUAUUAUAUACUUUAUUGAGACUUUUUUAAUUUCUAGUCUUUAAAACAGUAACUUUAAGGAGAUUUACUUGGUAUAGGAUCAUCAUAACAUCAUAAAUUCUUUCUCUUGGUAGGAGCAUUAAGUUACUUGGUCCACAUCCUUAUCAAACAGUAGCCCCACCAAUUGGUCAUGCAGAAGAUGUUUGGAUAUUUUCUGAGUCAUAUCAUUACUGACAUCAUAUUUUACGUAUAUAAAAUUCAUCCAUUCACUUGAUAUUUUUUGAGCCCUUACCCACAUAAAUACAUGGCAAAUAACAAUGCAGUCUCUUAUUUCAAGGAGUUGAUAAGUUACAAGAAGAUAAAAAUGGAGGCAGUGAUUGCAUGAGAGAACCUGUAGUAGAGGUGCUGUUGAGAGUUUUGGAAGGGGUGGACGGAGAAGGUCUUUUGAGCUUAGUGUGAAAAUCAGUUCAAAAAGAAAAA